GAGGUGCCACCCGAGGAGUUCCGGCCCUUUCUGGCGAAGAUGACGGGGAUUCUUAAGAGUCUCAGCAAUCUUGGAAUUCAAACUGCAGGCUAGAAGAAAAGCAGUGAAGAAAAUACUAAAUAAAAAUGCAGGAAUCUAAGCAAAGGAAAAUGUACUGAGGAUAAAAAUGGAGUAGUACUUCAAUUCUCAUUUGGUGGCCGGCCAUAACUUUCAGUCAUCUAUAGAAAAUUAAGUUCUGUGAAGAAAGUGAAAAUGAAGAGGGACAACAGUGGUAGGAGGAAAAGAAUGAAAGUUUUUUACACAGAGAGAGCAAGCAGUAAACAGAACAGGAGCUGGAUGUGUAUUUAAACUGUGGUGCUGGCUGUUCCUGACUUUUGACUUUCUGAAGAGGCCGACACUCCAACCGCUGAGCCAAACCGGCCAGGGCUGAGUUUUUUUCAUUUCUAAUGGUCUAUUGCAUCUGCAGACAUGGAUUUCAACCAGCUUGAAGCAUUCUUGACUGCUCAAACCAAAAAGCAAGGAGGGAUCACAUCUGAUCAAGCUGCUGUCAUUUCUAAAUUCUGGAAGAGUCAUAAGGCAAAGAUUCGAGAGAGCCUGAUGAACCAGAGUCGCUGGGACAGUGGGCUUCGGGGCCUGAGCUGGAGAGUUGAUGGCAAAUCACAGUCAAGGCACUCAGCUCAGAUACACACCCCUGUUGCCAUAAUGGAGCUGGAAAUAGGGAAAAGUGGACAGGAAUCUGAAUUUCUGUGCUUGGAAUUUGAUGAGGCCAAGGUCAACCAAGUUCUGAAGAUGCUCUCAGAGGUAGAAGAAAGUAUCAGCACACUGAUGCAGCCAGCCUAGUGAAGGUGAAGUUGUUGAAGCAAAGGUGUUUAUGAUCCCUCCCCACUGACCUGUUUUUUUUUUUUUUAAAUAUUAUUCACCCAUUAGUAUUAAAUCCUCAAAUUCAAAU